AUGCAAUUACGCUGGCCAUACCCCCCAGCCCACGGUGUGCCCCCACACAGCCCUAGGUCCAAGUUUAGACGUCAAUGGCUGACCAAAGCCCAGGACUACAUAAUCACGCCCUACAUUGGAGAAUUCAUCAACACCCUGACCAACAUCACAUAUGUUAUCUACGGCACCCGUGGCCUCCUCCGCACCUGCCGCGCAAACAACACCUCCCUCCUCUCCCCCCUCACCUUCCCCUACUGGGGCCUCAUCGGCGUCGGCCUGCUCUCCGCCUUAUUCCACGCAACCCUGAAAUUCCACACCCAAAUGGGCGAUGACCUCUCCAUGUUCCUGGCCGUCGGCACGCUGCUGCACCAACUCCUCUGCGUCGACGCGACGCCCGCCCAGCGCACCAAGUACACGGCCUACGUGCUCGGCACGCUGAUCCCGGUGUCUGUGUAUCACGUAUGGGCGGACGAGAUCUACGUGCACGAGAUAGUGUUUGCGAUUUACGUGUUCUUGAUUUCGAGGAGGACGAGGGCGUUGAUUAAAGCGAGGGUGAAGAGCGAGGAGAGUAGGAAGAAGUUGGGCAAGAUGGCGACGUUUGGGAUAUCGUCUGGCCUUUUCGGAUACUUCCUGUGGAACAUCGACUUCCAUCUUUGCAUUUACGUCACGAUGUUUAAGCGCUACAUUGGGUUACCUUGGGGCUUUUUGUUCGAGCUGCAUGGUUGGUGGCAUAUUUUCACGGGGAUUGGCGCUUAUGUUGGCAUGGCGCUUGUUGAGUACCUUGUUACGAUGGAGGAAGGGAAGACGGGUAGGAUUGAAGAGGGAUUUGUUUGGCCUGUCAAAGCUGUUCUGAGAGAUCUAGAUGGGCCGGAGGGAAAUGGUAGGAAAAAGGAGUUGUAG